AUGAUGGUGGAAUCUGCCUCGGAGACAAUCAGGUCAGCUCCCUCUGGUCAGAAUGGCGUGGGCAGCCUCUCCGGGCAGGCCGAUGGCGGCAGCGGUGCCGGGGCUGCGGGCGCUGCCGGAGGCGGUGCGGGCAGGGACGCGGCUGCGGGCGCUGACAGCAACGGCGAGAUGAGCCCUGCGGAUCUGCUGCACUUCCAGCAGCAACAGGCUCUCCAGGUCGCCCGGCAGUUCCUGCUGCAGCAAGCCUCGGGCCUGAGCUCCCCUGGGAACAAUGACAGCAAGCAGUCCGCCUCCGCGGUGCAGGUGCCCGUGUCGGUGGCCAUGAUGUCGCCACAGAUGCUCACCCCCCAGCAGAUGCAGCAGAUCCUGUCGCCCCCGCAGCUGCAGGCCUUGCUCCAGCAGCAGCAGGCGCUCAUGCUCCAGCAGCUGCAGGAAUAUUACAAGAAGCAGCAAGAGCAGCUUCACCUGCAGCUCCUCACCCAACAGCAGGCUGGGAAGCAGCAACCCAAAGAGGCGCUGGGGAACAAGCAGCUGGCCUUCCAGCAGCAGCUCCUGCAAAUGCAACAGCUGCAGCAGCAGCACCUGCUCAACCUGCAGAGACAGGGGCUGGUCAGCCUGCAGCCCAGCCAAGCCUCGGGGCCCCUCCAGACCCUCCCACAAGCGGCCGUGUGCCCGACAGACCUGCCGCAGCUGUGGAAGGGCGAGGGCGCCCCCGGGCAGCCCGCCGAGGACAGCGUAAAGCAGGAGGGGCUGGACCUCACUGGCACGGCCACCACCGCUACCUCGUUUGCCGCCCCCCCCAAAGUCUCGCCCCCGCUCUCCCACCACACCCUGCCCAAUGGACAGCCCACUGUGCUCACCCCUCGGAGAGACAGCUCCUCCCAUGAGGAGACCCCUGGUUCCCACCCUCUGUAUGGACACGGAGAGUGCAAGUGGCCUGGCUGUGAGACCCUGUGUGAAGACCUGGGCCAGUUUAUCAAACACCUCAACACGGAGCACGCCCUGGACGACCGGAGCACGGCCCAGUGCCGGGUGCAGAUGCAGGUGGUGCAGCAGCUGGAGAUCCAGCUUGCCAAGGAGAGCGAGCGGCUGCAAGCCAUGAUGGCCCACCUGCACAUGCGGCCCUCCGAGCCCAAGCCCUUCAGUCAGCCACUGAACCCAGUGUCCGGCUCCUCCUCAUUCUCCAAGGUGACCGUGUCUGCAGCAGACUCGUUCCCAGAUGGCCUUGUGCACCCCCCCACCUCAGCUGCUGCCCCCGUCACCCCCCUGCGGCCUCCGGGCCUGGGCUCUGCCUCCCUGCACAGCGGGGGCCCCGCCCGCCGGAGGAGCAGCGACAAGUUCUGCUCCCCCAUCUCCUCAGAGCUGGCCCAGAAUCACGAGUUCUACAAGAACGCAGACGUCCGGCCCCCCUUCACCUACGCCUCCCUCAUCCGCCAGGCCAUUCUGGAGACCCCCGACAGGCAGCUGACCCUGAAUGAGAUCUAUAACUGGUUCACCAGGAUGUUCGCCUAUUUCCGAAGAAACACUGCCACCUGGAAGAACGCCGUGCGGCACAACCUCAGCCUGCACAAGUGCUUCGUGCGCGUGGAGAACGUCAAGGGCGCCGUGUGGACCGUGGACGAGCGGGAGUACCAGAAGCGGAGGCCGCCGAAGAUGACGGGGAGCCCCACGCUGGUGAAGAACAUGAUCUCGGGCCUCAGCUACGGAGCACUUAACGCCAGCUACCAGGCCGCCCUGGCCGAGAGCAGCUUCCCCCUCCUCAGCAGCCCCGGCAUGCUGAACCCCGGCUCCGCCAGCAGCCUCCUGCCCCUCAGCCAUGAGGACGUGGGCGCCCCUGGGGAGCCGCUCCCCAGCAACGGCAUCAGCACCCCGCCUCGCCUGUCCCCGCCCCAGUACAGCCACCAGGUGCAGGUGAAAGAGGAGCCAGCUGAGGCUGAGGAGGACAGAAGGCCCGGACCCCCGCUGGGCCCCCCCAACCCCAGCGCCGCGGGGCCUGCUGAAGACAGGGACCUGGAGGAGGAGCUGCCUGGAGAGGAACUCUCCUAA